GAGUUGUGUGAGACAAACUCCUGAGGCGAAAGGAACCUGAGAGUGGACGAGACCAGGUGGGGCCUUUUAUAUACUAUGGCGGAGCGGGAGGUGGGCGGGACUUGGAAGGACAUUUCUGCGCCAUAGCAAUUUCGCGAAACAUGACGCCAAACGCGCUGUCAAGCAUCGUCAAUCGCAUCACAUAUUCAACAUGCUCAGACUGUUGGUCUUCGCGGUUGCGCUUCUUGGCAGCAUUGCUGCGGUGUACGCCGAGUGCAGCGGCGGGUUCAAUUUCACUUGCCCUACAGGCCAUUUCAUCAAUGGAAUCAAAGGUUAUGUGCAAAAUGGAGGUUAUACUCUGUUGGGAUUGUCCUGUACGGGUGGUACUACGUACGGAAACUACAGCGCUACAAUCCCUGUAAAUGUCAGUCUGUCCAUGGACGAGCAGGGCUCCGGGAAGUACUGGAUGGUUGGACUAGAAACCGUGCAGGCUACGUGCGCCAAUCAGGUCUUGUCCUUCCAGUUGUCACAAUAUGAUGCAAGCGGCUAUUACAGCCAAAGAACGUAUACGACCCAGACCUACCCAUCCUGGCGUACGACAAGUUGCUCAUCCCAACCAUCGCAACAAUAUGUCAAUUCAAUCAGUGCGAUUGCGACAUCCCCGUUUCUCGCUGGAGUUACGGUUUCGUGCACGGAUCCCUACGCUUGGACCCCCUUCCCCAAUCCCGUUCUGGUCCGCGCCUACGGUGCUACAACCAUCACUCCCAAGAUAUUUCAAUACACCUCAAAGCGAGUGGGCGACAACGGCACAGUAUGGACACUCGGGGGAGAUCCAACAACAGCGAGUCAGUUUGGGUACUUUGCGAUGAACGGUGUCAUGGCGUCUACAUGCACACAAGCAGAUAUCAACAACGGGAACCUGACGUUCGUUGCGGUCGGCCAAACGGGUGACGGCGGGUACUAUAGCCCCAAUCCAAGGUAUCCGAAUGGUCCCGUUCAGACGUACAUAUACACGCCCGUCAGCACCAGCAAGUAUUUCGGUGGUUCGAUACGAGAUGGGAGCCAAUACUAUGUUCCGUACCUUUCAAUCAGCAUCAAGUUGAAUUGGGCGCCGACUGUCGCAACUCCGGCAGCACUGCUUACCGCUCAAAACCAGCCCGUGCUGCUGGACACUGCUUUCCUCCGGGCCACCGAUCAAGAAGAAAGUUCCGACAACCUGUUAUGGGCAGUAACCGAUUCGUCUUUCCGUCGAACUGGGAGCAUUUUUGUCCUGCCGCCAGACUUAUCGUCUAACGCAGUCAUUCUAGGCGACGGAGCGACAUUCCGACAGACCGAUGUGUCCGCUGGGAAAAUUUACUUCGUUCCCGUGGCAAGCUUUACUGGCAGUUUCUCGUUGGCGUUAUCGGUCACGGACGGUGUCAAGCCUGUCCCAGUCACCUUGCAAGGGGUGAUCGCAACCCCCAACUGGGCUUCCAAGCCGGUCAGAUGGGUCUGGCCGAAAGGCACAGCGCCGAAGAUUCUCGGGUUGUCCAGUUUGGCAAAUCCUGACCCCAGCGGGAACCUCACCGAGAUCAAAUGCACGAUCAAAGCACUCGAUUCGGUGGUCCUGAGUGUGCUCACCAGCACGGGAUGGAUGCCGUUGGCCGUCGGAGACGAGUUCGCGUUCAGCAAGGUCGCUUUCCGUCAAAUCCAGAUUGGUGUUCCCAGCGGCUUUGUUGGAAACGCAUCGUUCACUUACAACGUCAUCGGCACCUCGCAACCAGGCAGUGAUCCCACAUCCGGCACCAUUCAGAUCGUCUCCGAUGGUCCGCCCACGAUUACCCUAAAGACCAUCACUGCACCGCAGGUGUCUAACCGGAUAAUCGUCAACAGCACCUACUUUCUCGCGUCGGACGUCGAGACUUGGGAUCCGGCUGCGAUCCGGAUGUCGCCAUAUGCGUACUCCUCUGCUAUAGGCAUGAAUCUGCAGAUAUUCAGGAACGGCCAAUGGGCAAGCGCGUACUUUACGGGAAUAACAUUCAGUCAGGCGGAUUUCAACGCUGGCAACAUCGGCAUCGUCUUCGAUAGUUCGCAGACCGGCUAUGGGUACUUUGAAAUGUUUGUGUCGGAUGGUGUCAAUCCCGCAGUCAUUGCCAGAUUGCCUGUCAACCAUGUGGCUGCCCCCAGAGUGACCUUAACAGGAUUGACGAUCUCAUUCAACGGGUCGGUGACACUCUCUCCUACUUACGUCUCUGCCACGAGCUCGUAUGCGGCGGCUGCUAGUCUUGUCUACACCGUUACCAAACUCCCCGCUUCAGGAACGCUGUUAAACGGUAAUGUCUCUCUGGCGGUUUCGUCCCAGUUCAAGCAGGACGAUAUCCAGAAUGGAAGAUUGCAGUACACGACUUCAGCGUCCUAUAACGGGAGCACCACGCUUGGCCUCGACCUUUCCGACAGCGUGCAGGUUUCCCACAUCGACUAUCCGAUUCACGUUAAUGCGGUACCGUAUCUUCCGCCCGUGGGCACACUGUCUUGUGCCCGUGGAUCGUUCCUGGUUCUUGAUGCGUUGCAAACCGUUGAUCCGGAUAGUUCACCGUUCAACAUCACCUUUGCAUUGACUGCAGUGCCGCUGCUUCAUGGCUGCAUUGAGAAGUGGACUGCAGGAAGGUGGGGCUGCGUCACCACUUGGACACAGAGCGAUCUGAAUACUAAGAAUAUCAGGUAUACCGCGGCGCCGAAUAACACCUACCUCGGACCCGAGAUCAUCCAAUUCACCAUCAAAGACCUUAUCGACACCCACCCGGUUCCGAUCACGCUGAACAUGACGAUCGUCCCAGCGCCGGUGGUGCCUGUGAAUCAAUACGUAGUUCUAAGCGCCGUGACCGGCGGAAAGCAGACAUCUGUUCUCUCAUCCUCGAACCUCCUGGUGUCGUCCACUGAUACGGGUCCUGCUGCACUCACCUACACCGUGACCGGCACGACACUUCCCCCCGGCUCGCUGUUCUUCGAGGUCUUCCGGGCGGGAUUGUGGAUCCAAGUUCCUGUAAACGGGAUAUUCACGCAAGAUGAAGUCAACCAGCAGUUUGUCCGGGUGACCCGAACCGCACCCGCCGAAGACAUCUUUGUGUGGAACCUAACCGCCGCUAGUCCACUCAGCCAAGCGACGAUCGGUUUCAAGGUGCGCUAUCACCUGUUCCCAACCAUCACGACAAACGUCCCUUUGGUGGUCAAUUGGUACUCUGGCGCGGAUAUUAGGAACUCGUCCCUGAAUGUGUCCAGUACAUCUGUAUUCAAUCGGUCCGCUUUUCUGUACAAUGUGACGACAAAACCUGGACGGGGAGAUUUGUCGGCUAAGGUGUUUACGCAGGCGAUGUUGGACGCGGGACAGGUGCGAUAUACGCAUCUCAGGGACAACCGGCCUAUCAAUGUUACAGAUUCGUUCAACUUCACGCUUUCCGAUGGAGUUGGCACGGCAAUCAAUGGCUCUUUCACCAUAAGUUUCCACAACGUGGCCCCGUCGCAAUUAUACAACAGCACUUUGGCGUCGUACCCCACCUCGCCAACUCGCCAGCUCACAGCCGACCUGCUGUCCUGGUCCGACCCCGACGGGCCGCAGGAUCUCUCGUUCGUGCUGACGAGCGUGCCCGUCGGCGGCAACCUCACGUUGAACGGCACGAUGCUGACGCCCGGAGACGGAUGGACGUACACCAACAUGAACUCGCUCUUCGCGGCUUCUGGUCUAGCCACCCAGUCUCUGCAGCCGCUCUCGCUGACGUUCACAUACAUGGUGUUGGACGGUCUGAACGCGCCUGUUCCCGGGUUUUCUAACAUCACGUUCAUACCGCCUCUGAUUCUCCCCACGGUCCCCAAAGUCAUCCUCUGUGAUACCGCGAGGAAGGAUAUAAACGUUUUUUCCUGCUUUAUCGACAAACAGUAUACGAAGGCCGUAUCCUGGUUCCCGCCCGGUAGCAUCACGUGGAAGGUGCCUCCAUAUUCCUGGACGAUGUACUGGUUCGACACGUCGUACAGCAUGUUGAGCGGCAGUUAUUCCCAAAACUCGGUUGCGGCCGGGCUGAUUAUGCAAAGAUACCAGGCGGGCCUUACUGGCAAGACAGAAACCUUCCAGCUGGAAGUCACUGACAACUUGAACCCGUCGCAAUGGAUAUCAUACGUUUUCCAGUAUCAGUCCCGCCCGUACGUGCAAAACAACGAGGUGACAUUCGGCUACGCCGCCAAGGGAGGCUUGAUACCGACCUCGGCGCUCUCGUGGCUCGAUCUGGACAACACGACAGACACGUUGGCGUUCACGCUCCUCAGCCAGCCGUCCGAGGGCGUCGUGGAGUCUUACGACAAUGCCACGGGCAGCUGGGUAACGGCGACGAACUGGACGAUGGCCGACGUGGGACGGAACUGGCUUCGAGUCCGAUUGCCGUCCACAUACCCCUCGCCCACACCCCCCACGUUCAAUUUCACAUACCAGAUCACCGACGGCAUAUGGACCGUCCCGGCGGCCCCGUUUAUGAUCUACAUUGACGAUAUGCCGCGAGUAACUGUUAACCAGACCCUAGCUGUCAACUGGGGGCAAAUCGACCAAUGGACCCCAAUUUCGAGCCAAUACCUUUAUGUCGCCGACAACAAUCAGCUUAGCCUAAUCACCGUCGUGGUGAGUCCCAGAGUCGGCAGCCUGGCAUACUCCAUGUUUUCAUGGCAAGGCAGGACGUCGACACCGAUUUACAACGCCACGUAUUGCACAUGCAACUUCAGCAUGCCGUGCACCGCGCCAGUGUCGCCGUGCCGAUAUACAUUCUCCGUCGCGGACCUGAUGAUGUCUGACAGGGCCAACCAGGUCCAGUACAGAUCCGUGGAUGUUGGGUCCGGGCUCGAUGGAUUCGAUUACAUGGUGUCCGACGCGCACAACGUCGUCGGUCCGUUCCAUUUUGGAAUCCAGUUGUAUGGGAAAUACCAAUUUCGCAACGACAUCGAUCCUGCGGGAGUUCACAUCGUCACGCCCUUCAACAAAAGCGCCGUCGUCUCGUCCGCGGCCCUGUACGCGUAUGUCCCGAAAGGUGAACUGACGGGCCAGACGGUGACGUACCGUCUCAAAUACGAUUUACCAACGUAUGAUUUGGGCUUUGCGCUCGAGCUGCAACGGAUCGGGCCUGAUGGAUUGACGACGGUUUGGUCCUCCGUUAUGCUUGCGUCCACGGUGUGGACACAGGAUGACAUCAACGACGGGAAUCUAAAGACGGGUACCACACUGGGGAAGGCUUGCUCAUCUUAGAGUUCGGGAAGAUUCCAUAUACAAAAGUCACUGCGGCCGUCCUUCUGCCCGGCGAGUCGUUCACCCGUGACUUUCAGAUCGUCAAGCCCG